UUGCUACAUAACACAUCACUUUUUAAUAAUUGUGGGUUUGUAAUGUUGUAUUCUGCCUUAAUUUUAGAACAUAAAUAUGAAAUGAUCUGGUUGGACCAGAACUGUCAUGCAAUUUCAUAAAUAACAAAAAUGGAACUUGAUCAAUCUUUGUGACCAGACUGAAUUUCUAUGAUCCAGUUAAGGAAGGAAUAUUAGGAAAAACACUACAUAAAAUAUCUUGCUUUUAGACUAUUUAAAAUAAACAAGUUUGUUACUUCUGGUGUAUUGGUGCUUUUCUGUAUUUUUGUUUCUGGGGCAGUUUGAAAGAAAAUGACUUAAAAUGCUAAUAUCAUUCCUGACUUAGAAAUUCUAUGUAGAAUAAGUGCACAUAUUCUUCACUGUUACUAAAAGCAAGCUACCAUUUUGCUAAAAUUAAACAUUGUCAGGAUUUUACUCCAAUAAUGUAAUCAGUCAUGCAAAAUUUCUCCAUCAGAUGAUCUAACAGAUCCAAUACUAGAUCUGUUUGACUUUAUGUAUUUUGUGCAGGAGAGUUAAUUUUCUGAUGAAGCAUAGACUAAUUACUAGUGGAGAUCUCCCAAUAUUGAGAUGCUGGGACCAUGACUUUGGAUUCAAAUGCAUAUAACUGGUGGGAGUUAGCUGCCCUAACUACUGUUGCAUAUUCCCCAAUGGUGGUGCUUUCAAGCAUGGAAUGGUGCAAUGUGCUGUGUGCCCUUUUGUUUUAAGCAGUAUAAUUGGGAACAAUGUGGUAUUGGAAACUAAAACACAAAUUACUGGAAAAGCUCAGCAGGUCCAAAUAUUUUAAUCCAGGUAGGUUAUAACUGAUGCUAGGACUGCCAGGUUUUUUUGGCAAUAAUAAACAAUUGCAGCACGUCUACUGUAAAUGGGGAAGGUGAUAGGUGAUACUGAUACUUGUGUUACAACUGCUUCAAAGACUGUAUAAAAUUAAAUGCAUUUUGAAAAUGAGUUCAAAUUCUGUUCCCUCCCAUGAUUUUUAAAAAAAAACAAUAAGGCCUCUAUCGUGCCACACAAAUAGACAUUUGUACAUAACACGUGGCGACAGAAUGAAUGGCUGCUUUAAACACGCUGACUAACACAAUCCCGUCUAUAUCUGAAUGCUGUCUCUAGGUCAAAGCCGUGGUUUCGCCUUCGUGGAGUUUAAUCACUUGCAGGACGCAACAAGAUGGAUGGAAGCCAACCAGCAGCGUACCCUCACCAUUCUUGGAAAGUCCGUUUCGAUGCACUACAGCACAAAGCCUUUUGAAGACUGGAGUUGCAACAAGUGUGGGGUGACUAACUUCAAACGACGAGAGAGAUGUUUUAAAUGUGAUGCUCAGAAACCUGAAACUGAAGAGGAGCAAGGUCGUGUGCAGGGUGAACCAUUUAUGUCUGACUAUGCAAAUGACACCAUUAUUUUAAGAAACAUAGGUCCACACACACCAAUGGAAUCUAUCCUGAGUGCAUUGGCUCCGUAUGCUGUGCUGUCUGCUGCAAAUGUCAGGUUGAUCAAGGACAAGCAGACCCAAUUAAACAGGGGAUUUGCCUUUGUUCAGCUGGAUUCAUCUUUUGAAGCUUCUCAUCUCAUUCAGAUACUGCUUGCUCUACAGCCCCCAUUAAACAUUGAUGGUCGGACCAUUAAUGUUGAUUUUGCCAAAUCUUUAAAGAAGGACCAUAUCCUUUCUGAUGGUAAUAAGAUCAGUUCGUCAACUGUUGCGAUCACAGCUAUUGCGGCAGCCCAGUGGUCGUCAAGCCAGGUGGGACAAGGAUCGGAAGAUGGCAACAUUGACUAUAGCUACUUUCAACCUGGACAGGAUGGCUACAAUCAAUACGAUCAAAUGGCAUAUUCACAAGAUUAUGGACAAAGUGGCUCUGCAGAUUCCACCCAACAAGGAUUGGCAGUAUACCAAACACCUGCAGUAAUUUCAGCUCCUCCUAUGGUUGCUAAAUCUGCAACCGUUUCCCAAGAUGGUCAGUCCUAUCAGUCACAGAAUCAAUCUGAGACACAAACUACAGACACCACUCCAUCUGAUGUUACCACAGAGUCCAAGGAUUCAAGCUAUCCUGUACCAGAUGUAUCAACUUACCAAUAUGAUGAAUCAUCUGGAUUUUACUAUGAUGCACAGACUGGAUUCUACUAUGACCCAAAUUCCCAGUACUAUUAUAACCCACAGACUCAGCAGUACAUGUAUUGGGAUGGAGAGAAACAGACUUAUUUGCCUGCCCCAGAUCAAACUGCACAGCAAAGCAAAACAACCAGUGGGACUAAAAGUAAAGAGGGGAAAGAAAAGAAGGAAAAACCAAAGAGCAGGACAGCUCAACAGAUCGCCAAAGACAUGGAACGAUGGGCUAAGAGUCUAAAUAAACAGAAAGAUAACGUCAAAAGUGCUUUGCAGAUGAUUGCAUCUAAAGAAGAGGAGAGGAGAGAAUCUGCAGCAGCUGAUGCAGGAUUUGCUUUGUUUGAGAAAAGGGGGAUGAUGGAACGGCAGCCAAUGGUACUUGAACCGUUCAGUGGUUUAGUGGAACACCUACGAGAUGAUGAAGAAAGUCCACUAAAGAGAAAAUCCAGUCCGCUACAGGGUCUUGUAGCAUCAUACAGUGGAGAAAGUGAAGAGGAGGAGCAAGAGACAGUCCAAGAACUGGAAGAAAAGCUGACAGAUUGGAACAAAAUAGCCUGUCUGCUGUGCAGAAGACAGUUUCCUAACAAAGAGGCACUUACUCGGCAUCAGCAACUCUCUGACCUCCACAGGCAAAAUUUGGAAAUUCGUAGAAGGUCGAGAAUGUCUGACCGGGAACUUGAGGCAUUAGAAAAAUCAGAAAAUGAAAUGAAAUAUCGAGACAGAGCAGCAGAAAGAAGAGAAAAGUAUGGAAUCCCAGAACCUCCAGAACCCAAGAGGAAGAGGUUUAAUCAUGCUGCCACCAUUGAUUUUGAACAGCCAACAAAAAAUGGUAUUAACAGUGACAACAUUGGGAGCAGAAUGCUUCAGGCAAUGGGUUGGAAAGAAGGCUCGGGGCUGGGUCGAAAUCAGCAAGGUAUUACAGCACCUAUACAGGCUCAAACAAGGAUGAAAGGUGCUGGUUUGGGAGCACGAGGAAGUUCAUAUGGUGUUACUACUUCAGAUUCCUACAAAGAUGCUGUUAAAAAAGCUAUGUUUACAAGAUUUAAUGAAUUGGAGUAAUUUGAAAGUGACUGUACAUAUGUAAAUACUUUUUCCUAAUUUUUGCUACUGGAUAUUUACUUGAGUAAACAGUGCAAUUUGUCUGUAGGAAAUGUAAUUUUUUGAUGCUUUGGUUAAAUCUUAUUUAUGUUAAAUGUACAAUGUACAUUUUGUAUUGUCCAUCAAGUGUAUAAUAAUGUAUCUACUGUUUUUUUUGCAGAAUAAAUUUUGAAAAGAAUCCAA